ACCCAUCAUCAAUCUCCUCGUCCCUAGCUCUCAAGAAUUCAAACAUGAAAAAAAACCCCACUCUCCUCCUCCUCCUCCUCCUCCUCCUCCUGGAAAACUCCCUCCAGUCCUCGUCAUCUCCAUCCUCAACGGAUCUCAAUGCCCUUCUCGCCAUAAAAAACUCCAUCACCUCCGAUCCCCUCGACGCAGUCACCUCCUCGUGGGCUCCCCCCACCUCCUUCUGCAACUGGACCGGCGUCUCCUGCGACGCCCAAAACCAAAGAGUCGUCUCCUUAAACCUCUCUCAACUCUCUCUGCGGGGCAAAAUCUCUCCACUCAUCUCCAACCUCACCCUCCUACAAUCUCUGGACCUCUCAACCAACUCGUUCGCGGGCGUCGUUCCUGACUCCAUUGCUCUCCUUCCGAAUCUCCGACACCUUAAUCUCUCUGUCAACCAACUUACGGGGCCGAUACCCGCUCAGCUCUUCAAUAGCUCUUCUCUGCAGAAAGUCGUUCUCGCAACGAACCAGCUGUAUGGAGAGAUCGAAGAUGAUCUGAAUCUCCCACGCGUCGACUUGCUUUCGAUCUCUUGGAACCAGAUUGGAGGAAGAAUCCCGAAAAGCUUGAGACGAUGUCGGAGGCUUCAAACUCUGUCGUUGUCGUAUAACGAGUUUGUCGGAGGGGUACCUGAUGAAAUCGGCAGUUUGAAGGAUCUUGAAGGCUUGUAUCUUGGGUACAAUAAUCUGACAGGUGUUAUUCCAAAUUCUCUUGGUAAUCUCACGAAGCUGUUGGAACUCACUUUGAAUCAUAUGGGAUUAGUAGGGAGAAUCCCUGACGAAUUUGCGCGAUUCGGUAGGCUGAGACUGUUAAAUCUUGGCGAGAAUGGUUUGACUGGUGGUAUAGAUUCAAUCUAUAACAUGACUUCUUUGGAAAAACUCGGGUUGUCAUUCAACCACCUCUACGGAUCUCUACCCGACGACCUUGGUUUUCGGCUACCAAAUCUCCAAGGAAUUUACCUUAGCGGCAACCGAUUCAGUGGGGAAAUCCCGGCCUCGCUUUCGAAUGCUUCCAUGCUCUCUGUCAUUGAGUUUUCUGAUAACUUUUUUACUGGCUCGGUUCCUGACGCUCUAGGGGACUUGGAAAUCCUUCAGUCGUUGAGUUUACAGGGAAAUAAUUUGAAGGGCGGGCUCAAGUUUUUGGACCCCAUCACAAAGUGCAGGUCACUGGAGAACUUGCUGAUAGGAGAGAAUGAGUUUGGAGGUCGACUGCCAGAAUCCAUUGGGAAUCUCUCGAGGAAUAUUCUUCGCUUCAGAGCCCCAAAUUGCAAGCUCGAAGGAAAAAUUCCUGAUUCUAUUGGUAAUUUGAUUAGCUUGAUAUAUCUAAAUUUGCAUGACAACCAGUUGUCGGGAGAGCUUCCACGUACAAUCUCUGGGCUUAAGAAUCUGCAAAUGACUUAUCUUUACUCCAACCGGCUCCAAGGGCGCAUACCAAUUGAACUAUGCAGUCUUAGAGCUCUCAGUUACAUUUCCAUAUACAACAACGCACUUUCAGGGCCAAUUCCAGAUUGUAUAGGGAAUAUUAGCGGCCUUCAGCGGCUUUAUCUGUCUGAUAAUUCUCUUUCAUCGACAAUCCCUUCGAGUAUUUGGAGCCUCCAACGCUUGAUAGCACUCAACUUGUCGCAGAAUUCGCUAGUGGGCUCUCUGAGCUCAAAUGUGAGUAAUCUGGCAUCUCUCACGGAAUUGGAUCUUGCGAUGAAUCAGCUUACGGGAGCCAUACCAAGCACCAUAGGAGAUUUAGAAAUGCUCAGAUUUCUGAUAUUAUCGCAGAAUUCAUUCUCAGGUCCUAUCCCACAAUCUUUCGGGCGCUUGGGGAAUAUGGAAGGCAUGGAUAUUUCUUCUAAUUUGCUCACCGGAACCAUCCCCAAGUCUUUUUCAAAUCUAUCCUACUUCACAUUCCUGAACGUUUCAUUCAAUAAGCUCGAAGGCCAGGUUCCAAAAGGAGGGGUUUUCUCAAAUAUGACCGCCGAGUCUUUUAUGGGGAAUGAAGCGUUGUGUGGUAAUCUCCAACUAGGCCUGCCAACUUGCAAACUAGAGGCUGUUAUUAUCACCAACGCGAAAUCAAGAACUCAUCUCCUCAAAUAUAUUCUUCCACCGGUAUCUUUAACGAUUGUUUUGGCAGCAAUCUUCUUCUAUUUCUUAUAUAAGAAGCCGAAGAUUGUUCUAUCCACAGAUGGAAACUCUACUGCAAUAGACCACAGAAUGAUUUCGCGUCAUGAACUCAUCCGAGCAACAGAAAACUUCAGCGAAUCUAAUUUGCUCGGUGUUGGUAUUCAUGGAUCUGUGUACAAAGGGAAGCUAGACGACAACAUGAUUGCAGCGAUAAAGGUCCUAAAUUUGCAAACAGAGGGAGCACUAAAAAGUUUCGACGCAGAAUGUGAAGUUAUGAGAAAAGUUCGGCACAGGAAUCUUGUGAAGAUAAUCAGUACCUGUUCUAAUCUGGAUUUCAAGGCAUUGGUUCUUCAGUUCAUGCCCAAUGGAAGUCUUGAGGUAUGGCUGCAUUCUGGAGACUGUUAUCUGAGCCUUGCUCAGAGAGUGAAUAUUAUGCUUGAUGUUGCGUUGGCGUUGGAGUACCUGCAUCAUGAGCAUUCUGAAGUUGUGGUGCAUUGCGAUCUGAAGCCGAGCAAUGUGCUGUUGGAUGAAGAGAUGACUGCGCAUGUAGCUGACUUUGGAAUCGCGAAAUUGCUGGCUGAUGAUAAUAAGUCCAUAAUGCAGUCUAAUGCGCCAGGGACACUUGGAUACAUGGCACCAGAAUAUGGAGCAACUGGAAGAGUGUCUCCGAAGGCUGACGUGUACAGCUACGGGAUCCUGUUGAUCGAGACAUUCUCAGGAAAGAGACCAACAGAUGAAAUGUUUGCAGAUGUCUUGAGUUUACGAAAAUGGGUUUCGGAUGCAUUGCCUCAUUCUGUUUUGCAAGCUGUCGAUAGUAAUCUUUUGGAGAGAGAAGUCUUGUGUGUUCAGGAGGAGAAAUACACGAACAUCAAGAGUCGAUGCCUGUCAUCUAUUAUAGAUCUCGGUCUACAGUGUUCAAGAGAAUCACCAAGGGAGAGGAUGAGCAUGAAAUAUGUCACUUCCAGAUUAAGGAAGAUAAAAAGUGAACUGAAUGUAUGAAGUUGAAUUGCUCA